UUGUUCCUUUUAUAAUUUUUGUAAAUCGAGCGCGCGGCUUAGGCGCGUCGACAAUUUCUUCCGUAAAUUUUUAACGCAGCGCGUUCAAAAAGUCGGCAACAUAACGGCGCAAUUAUUGAACAGUUUUCUCAAGGGUAGUCCCCACCAGACCACCAUAGAUAUAAUGCAAAAGCUCUAUGCUGAGCCGCCGCCCAGCAGCGCGCCCGUUAGCAUGUCUAGUGCUGGCGGCGCUCCAUCUUCAGGCGGCGGUGGCGGCGGCGGCGGCGGAGGAGGUGGUGGUGGUGGCGGUGGUGGUUCUAUCCCGACUAGCAACAACAAUCCCAAUCCCACCUCCAAUGGCGGCAGCAUGAGUCCAUUGGCGCGCUCCGCUUACACCAUGAACAGCAUGGGCUUAACAGUGGGCGGCAUGUCCUCCGUUUCGCCACAAGCGGCGGCCACCUUUGGCGCCAGCGUCCUAGACUCUGCGGCGGCGGUGGCCAGCAUGAGCGGCAGCAUGGGAGCGGCAGCGGCUAUGAACUCCAUGGGCGGCAACUGCAUGACCCCCAGCUCGAUGAGCUACGCGAGCAUGGGCUCGCCUCUGGGCAACAUGGGCGGCUGCAUGGCCAUGUCGGCUGCGAGCAUGUCGGCGGCUGGUUUGGGCGGCAGCUACGGAUCGAUGCCACCAGGCACGCGGGACAUGGAGCCCGGCUCACCCAACUCCCUGGGACGACGGGGCGUGGACAAACCAACUACAUACAGACGCAGCUACACGCACGCGAAGCCGCCCUACAGCUACAUCUCGCUCAUCACGAUGGCCAUACAGAACAAUCCUACACGCAUGCUUACCUUGUCGGAGAUCUAUCAGUUCAUCAUGGAUCUGUUCCCGUUUUAUCGGCAGAAUCAGCAGCGCUGGCAGAACUCCAUACGCCACUCACUGAGCUUCAACGACUGCUUCGUGAAGAUACCACGCACUCCGGACAAGCCGGGCAAGGGCUCCUUCUGGACGCUGCACCCGGACUCGGGCAACAUGUUUGAGAACGGCUGCUAUCUGCGUCGCCAGAAGCGGUUCAAGGAUGAGAAGAAGGAGGCCAUACGUCAGCUGCACAAGAGUCCGUCGCACAGUAGCUUGGAGGCGACCAGUCCGGGCAAGAAGGACCACGAGGAGUCGCAUCACAUGCACCAUCACCAUCACACGAGUCGCCUGGAGCACCACCAGCACCACAAAGAGGCGGGCGGCGGCGGCGUGGCACUGGCGGGCGUCAACGUGCUAAGCGCGGCGCACAGCAAGGAUGCCGAGGCGCUGGCCAUGCUGCAUGCCAACGCAGAGCUGUGCCUCGGCCAGCAGCCGCAACACGUGCCCACGCAUCACCAUCACCAGCACCACCAGUUGCAGCAGGAGGAGCUGUCCGCGAUGAUGGCCAACCGGUGCCAUCCGUCGCUGAUCAGCGACUACCACUCGUCGAUGCAUCCACUGAAACAGGAGCCCUCCGGCUACACGCCCUCCAGCCAUCCAUUCUCCAUCAAUCGCCUGCUGCCCACAGAGUCCAAGGCGGACAUCAAGAUGUACGACAUGAGCCAGUACGCCGGGUACAACACACUCAGUCCGCUGACCAACUCACAUGCUGCCUUAGGCCAGGACUCGUACUACCAGAGUCUCGGCUACCACGCGCCUGCCGGCACCACGAGCUUGUGACAUCAUCAGUACCCGCUGGCUUAAGGGCGCGCGGAGCAGAUGCUGCGCUUUGGCGGCGGCGGCGGCUCGCAUCAGCAGCAGCAGCACCAGCAGCAACACUUGCAGCAACAGCAACAGCAGCACCACCAGCAGCAACAACAGCAGCAGCAGCAGGCGGCGCAGCAACUGACAUCCGCUACAAAUACCACAACAAAGGCCAGCAGCAAGCCAGCGGUGGCCGCCAAUUUCUCUCAGAAGUUGGCCGCCUCAGUGCAACAGCAGCAGCAACAGCAGCAGCAGCAACAACAGCAGCAGCAGCAACAGCAACACCAGCAGCAGCAGCAGCAACAACAGCAGCAGCAGCAGCUGCUGCAUAGCCAACUCUCAGCGGAGCUGCAGGAAGACUCCUCCAACAUAACCAGCGACCUCAGCGAGGAGCAACUGCAGCAGCAUCAGGCGGCGCAGCAGCAGCUCUACAACAACUAUCAACAAUAUGCGGCUGCGGCCAGUUAUCGCAACUGGAAUCACAGCCUGACAUUCAACAGCGCCGCCGCCUUACAGAAUCUGCUGUAGCCCAGCACAAGGCGCGGCUUUGUGUAGGAACUGAGCGACUCGCCGACUCGCUGCCCGAACCUGGCUGCAAUCACAGUUGGGUACGGGCGGCCGGGCCCAAUUAGCGAGCGACUGUUCAAUGGCUUUUAGCACCUGGGCGCAUCCUUUGAGCUCACGAGCACGUGAGUAAGGCUCCUACACUUGUAAAUAGUUCAACCCAAUCUUCUGGAAGCACAUGCUUAGUCUUUGCCAUUAUGUUUUGUUCUGUUUUUUCAAGUCAUUCUGUUGAGGAAUUCAAGAAAAAAGUGAUGUAGUUGUAAGCGCAGUAACGGCCACAUAUAUAUAGUUGAUUCUAUUGGCCGUUCAGCAAUAGAACUUUGUUAACAUUUAUGUCUGCUAAAAACAAGAACUUCCGUGCCAUUUGUUUAUUCUCUAUAUAAGCAAUAACAAUCAAAUCGGUUUAAAUUCAACAUUUUAAAUGUGUGAGAAAGCAACUGAUAUAGCUACAAAAAGAUAGAUGAGAGAGAGAGAGAGAGAGAGACACCGAGAAAGAGAGACAAAGAGAGAGAGAGAGAGAGAAGAGCGGGAUUGUGUGUAAUGUCCAUUACAAGAAAAGAAAAAGAAAAUAAACACAAACAAAAACCAAUUCCUUUAUCUAAAGGCAAUCGAAUUCGAAUCGCAAAUGAUCAAAAACCAAAUAAACAAGAAUUAUCCAACAAUUUCAAGAUCCCCAUUAAGAAUCCUCAAAUUUAUCGAACUAAGCAACAACAAUUGGCCAUGCAUUGGAAACGUCACGUUUUUAUCAUAUUAUUUAUAAAUUAUUUCCAUUUUUAUUAUGUGUCUACAUACAAUAACUAAACAUCAAUUUUUAUUUGCAUUGAGUGUUUUCUGUUCUUGUACGAAUUCGUUUAGGCCUAAGCCAUUUGUAAAUAGUCUAUAAAUAUAUGUGUAUGUACUAUAUCGUAUUUAAGACAGCUAAAUUUAAACUCAACGCCC